AUGCAUCCCCUUAGAACGUACAUAGCCGUGGGUUCCAAGAUAUAUGUGGUGGGUGAACAGUUUUAUUAUGUCGAUACAACAUGUGCAAUAAGCAUCGACUGUAGAUCUCACACGGUGCAGCCCAUCUCCAGCAUUCAUAAGUAUGUUCACACGGUGCAGCAUAUCUUCGGUAAGAUUUACUUAUUUAAUUCGGAGGGAGUCAUGGUGUUUGAUACAGGAACUCAAAAGUGGGAUCCUAUGAAAGAAAAGCCAGACGUUAGGCUACGCGUCACGUGGAUUGAUUCUGUGGUGAGGGAGGACAGGGUUUACUCAAGAGAUCAUUUCAAUAGGGGUUUGUGUUGUGUCCCGUUAGAAGAGGGUAGCACUACACUCUGUUCAAUAGUGGAUCCACACCUAGUUGUGAGUGACGGGAACGGGUGUUACACAAAGGAAAAUAAAUGGGAAUUGGAUGAGAUGCUGAAUUCUGAGGAAUGGUGGGAUGCAUGUGUUGUGUACGAUGUAUUGUACUAUUACGAUACUUACAUGAAGGGGUUGAGAGCUUAUGAUCCAAAGGAAAAGUGCUGGAGAGUGGUGAAAGGUGUAUAG